ACGGUUACACUGCGGGCCAUUGGGUUUUUGUGUCGGAGCUUUGACGUUGAUUAAAUCGUCCUUCUAGUGAAUUUUUCAGAAAUUUUGAAUGAAAAAAAUGGCAGCCCCGAAGGCAGUCGCAGGUGCCCAGUUGCCGGAGGGAAAAGGAACCUGUGUCCUUUGCGCAGCCGUGGCGGCUAGAGUUUGCCAGCGCUGCGGGGACUUCUACUGCGCCAAAGACUGCCAGCUGAAGGACUGGCCACGUCAUCGCUAUAUCUGCUUCCCGCUGCCCGCUCUGGUCCACCCCAAAUCUUAUUCGGUGCACUUGACGAGCGAGGAGUUAUCGCUGGAGGAAGCAUGUGCGGUGGUUAAUACUGAUAAAACCGUAGUAGGGGCAUCUCCAUCUCCAGCCCCCUUUCCAACCAUAAUUCCUGAUAUUAGGAGCUUUGAUAUAGGCAGUAACGUCAAUACCACCCGCUCCAUUGCUCCCAAAGGCAAUCUUACUACACCGAAUCCCACUCCCAUCCCAAUCAACAAUAACGCCUCAAAUAUCAGCGGCAUCAAAACGAAAAACAAAAAUAAUUCACCACCAAAUGCGAUCAUGCCGCCCAGCAAUAGUCUGGUGUGCAUCACUGGAUUCCGAUCCGCGAAUCGAUGCAACAUACGCGAUGCCAGCGAAAUUGCUGACAGGGCAUUUGCCCAAGUGUGCGAGAAGGUUAAUGCCAUUGGAAAUGAGUUGCCCAAUAUGGUAAAGCCACGUCCUGGUCUCUGCCUAGCUCGUCACAAUGGAAUGUUUCAGCGUGCCAGGGUGAUGAACUUCCUAUCCAAUAACAGUGCUCGCCUUUUGUUCAUCGAUCAAGGAAUCACAAAGUCAAGAACAGUUUCGGAUAUGCGGGAGAUUAACAUGGAACUGGUCUCGCUUCCCUGUUUAAGUCUGCUGGUUCAGCUUAAGGAUGUGCCAAACUAUGCCAUCACCGACGAAGUCAUCGCCUUCGUCUCUCAAUUUGAAGGUGAAAAGUUUAUUGCAAUUCACGAAAAAACCCCAGGAUGCAUCUAUGUGGAACUGCUGUAUCCGGAUACAAAACAGUCUCUUAAUGCAAAGAUACGAGAUUUCUGUUCCAAUAGAAAGGUGUAUGAAACCCAUAAUUCUUUUAACAACAAAAAGAAUGAAGUGCCAAAGCAGCAGAAUUCCCCAACUGGACAGGAAUCCACUAUAACGAAACAAUCGAUUCCUAAUGCACCAAUAGUUCAGUCUCAAGCUACAGCUGUUGUGCACCAGCAACUUGUAAAAAAUAUUGAACCUGACGCAAAAGUUCUGGGCCAAUCAGAGAAUUUAAGUAAGGAUAUCAAAGAACAGGAUUUUAAAAAAAUGCUGCCUUUCAUAGACUCAAAGAAUAAGGCAACAAGUCUGCCUAAUUCCACAUCUGGGCGGGAAUCAACGUUUUUUGACUCAUUUAUUAAUAACCCAAAAAAAUCAGAAGGAAAAACAAUGAUUCCGUAUUUCUCUAUUGACCAAGAGACUAGUCAAACUAAGAAGCAACAAAAAUCAGAUCCUCGACCAGGAGAAAUAGAGCUUCAGAAUUUCUUAAGAGACCUAGAGGCUAGUAAUGCAAAGAUGCGAGAUGCCGCUGGACAGAAAUUUGCUGAGCCUAAUCACACUAAAACCGUUUCUGAAGUCUGCAAAAAUUAUCCACCAAAAGAAGAGUCUCAGGAAUCCUUGAAAAAACUGGACGCCGAAGUUAAAAAUCAAGAAGAAACAAUCCUUGCCGUUGCGCAGGAAUUUUCGCGAUCUAAUCUUAUUAAAACUAUUUCUGAAGUCUGUAAAAAUGAUCCACCAAAAACUGAGUCUCCAACAUCAGAUAUUGUGUCCCAGGAACCCUUAAAACCCUUAACACUGAAUGCUGAAAUUAAGAAUCAAGAAGAAAGAAUUCCUACCGCUGAGGAUAAUGUAAAGGCCGAUGAUCCAACUGAACAGUUCAGCGAGUUUUUCCGCUCAUUUGUGAAUAAAAACGAUAUUCAAGAACAGGAUAUAAAAAAACUGAGUCCAAGAGAAAUAUUGGCGGAAUUUCUACGUUGUAAAGGAUUAAAGGAUGUGAAAGAUUCAAAUAUAUCCGAGGUUACCCAGGAAACUCAUUUAAAUCUUGAAAAGGACAAAAAACCUGAAGAAACUAAAGCUGAAGAAAUUAAAUUUAUUAAAGACGAACCCAACACAAAAAAACUUGCUCUUGAUUCGCAAGAUAAUGCGUUGCCUGGAAAAGAUGUAGAACUAAUUUCCGCUCAUCAAGAAAUCAAAACAGCUCCUCGAACUUUAGCAAAAUCUAAAGAUGAAGAAGUCAAAGAAUUUUUAACACAAUGCUUAGUUUCAAAAACUACUUCAACAAGUGAUAAAGCCAUUCCCUUGGGAUUGCCACAACUUAAGGAAAAAUUGGAUUUGCUGUCUAUCUCAAGAAAUAAUCCGCAAGUUAAUGGGAUAGUAAAGCCCAAAAACGAACCAUUGCUGAAACCUCCCUUUGAGCUACGUCGCUUUUCAAUCCAAAGUAAGGAAGGUAUCGAUGUAUUCGUUGUGGAUAAUUCGAAAAUGGCUCGCGGUAUUUUUGGGGCAUUUGACAGCACCUACGCCUGUGAGUUUUCCACCUUGCAUUCUCGCCUGUCGGAAAUUACCAAUUCGGAGCCGUACAAACCAGUCGCAAGAGAAUAUGUGCUCGCCAGAUUCGAGGGAUUGUGGUAUCGUGGCAGAGUGGAGCAGAUUAUAACUACCAAGCAGUCGCAGACUGAGUGUCGUGUGAUGUACCUGGAUUACACCAAUGUGGAGGAUAUAACCGAGAAGGACAUUCGUCGCUAUCCAUUGGACUUCACAACUCCCUGUAACACAAACCUUUGCGUGAUUGAAGACUUUCCACAUAAGCCGAAUCCAGCACAGAUUUCUUAUUUAUCGGAGGUGCUGAAGGUUCACCAAAUAGUUCAUAUUGAUGGUAUUAACUAUCUGAACAACAUAGCCAUUGUAACAGCCCGAUCCCUUAUCGCCAAACUGAUGAGUUUGUAACCAGAAAAAUGCAUUUUGUGUUUCCGCAGCUCGAAAUAUUUUUUUGAACAAAAGAUGGCACUACUAGUGCCACUUGUUAUUCCCAAAUAAGCCAAAUAAGCAUUACGUUUGAAAUCAUUUUAAAAACAUUUAUAUAUAAAUAAAAUUCAAUUAAAUAACAA